AUGCUCGAAAGUACCCCAGUACCUGGAUCAGUACGGAAAGAUACCUCCCUACCUUACGGAUACUUCACCUUAGUAUGCAAGUGCGUCCGCACGCAACCUAUUCGCCUGUUUAUUGAAGUCCAUGGCAAUAAAUCAAACUGCGGAACCAGAACAGACCAAGUUAGGUGUGGACAAUGCGCGAUCAGAAGUUGCGAACGUGCUGGCGACGCGAUGGAGAAGGAAGGAGCGACAUAUUACCUACUGCGUAUCCAGCAGCAUCUUGCAAGGCAGGCGCCAAUGGCCUUAGCUUCAGGUGUACUAUGUAAGGUAUCCGUCCAGGUGGUCGUGGCCGUAGCCAAAACCGUACCUGGCCAGGUAACAGAAGCAGGGAAAAGAAGCAGGAUCUGGCCCAUCCUGCGGUGCUCUUCUUUUGCCUUCCGUCCUCGUCUCAACCCCUCGGGUCUGGUCCAGCUUGUCGCCCGCUUCCCAUCCAUUUCAAUCACUCCAUCCUCGGACAGUCCUUGCUCUUGGUGUGCCGCUGCUAUUAUUAUGUGGUACUGUACAGGUACAAAGCGCACGCAAAACCCCGCACCGAAGUACUGUACAUCCGCUUUGUACCUGGGUUUUAAAUCAUCUUUUCGCACUGUGUACUUUAAAGCCGUCGCGCCUUCUUUCUCCGCUUGCUACGUACGGCUACGUGCCGGCUCUUUCGCCAAUGUCUGA